AUGGAGGAUUUAGGUUUCUCUCUCUUCUCCAGUCCUACCACUGUUGUGGGAGCAGUUGUGCUUUUAAUGAUCCUUUAUUUGAUUUCUGUCGGUUCCUCCUCCAGCGAAGCAGGUAGAGAGCCUCCAGGACCGAAGCCUCUGCCUCUGCUUGGCAACCUGCUGCAACUUGAUCUCCAGAGACCCUACAAAACCCUGUGUCAGCUUUCCAAGAAAUAUGGGUCUAUAUUUACAGUUUAUUUUGGACCAAAAAAAGUGGUUGUGCUGUCUGGGUACAGGACAGUUAAAGAGGCUCUAAUCAGCUAUGCAGACGAGUUUGGAGAAAGAGAAAUUACACCUAUAUUAGAGGAUAUAAGCAAAGGCCACGGAAUUGUGUUUUCAAAUGGAGAAACAUGGAAAGAGAUGCGUCGUUUCGCCCUGACCACCCUCAGAGAUUUUGGGAUGGGGAAGCGAGUUGCUGAGGAGAAAAUCUUAGAGGAGUGUGGACAUCUCAUUCAAACGAUUGAGAAUUAUAAAGGGGAACCGUUUAACACAUCAUGUCCAGUGAAUUAUGCAACAUCCAACAUCAUCUCCUCUAUUGCGUAUGGAAGCAGAUUUGAAUACGAUGACCCUCGAUUUAGAAACCUGGUUAGUCGAACAAAUGAGACUAUACGCAUCACAGGUUCGGCAGACAUCCAGCUCUACAAUAUGUUUCCCCGGCUGGUCGGAUGGAUAAAAAAGCGCCAGGUGAUUCUAAAAAAUGUGAAGAUGACGAAGAGAGAUGUGAAAGAUUUAAUCAAGGAACUGAAGGAGACUCUGGAGCCUCAGACGUGCAGAGGACUGGUGGACUGUUUUCUGAUUCGGAAGCAGAAAGAAGAGGACUCUUUUACGAAAGACACUCAGUUCACAGAGGAAAACUUGAUAUUUUCACUGACCAGCCUGUUUUCUGCAGGAACUGACACCACAGCUGCAACACUGAGGUGGGGGCUGCUGCUCAUGGCCAAGUAUCCCCACAUUCAGGACCGGGUCCAGGAGGAGCUGGCCAGGGUCAUUGGAAGCUGUAAAGUCCAAGUGGAAGACCGUAAAAACCUGCCGUACACUGAUGCUGUCAUCCAUGAGAUACAAAGGCUGGCUAACAUCGUCCCCCUGAGCAUCCCACACAGAACCAGUCAAGAUGUCACCUUCCAGGGCUAUUUCAUAAAAAAGGGAACAACUGUGUUUCCCCUGCUUACGUCUGUUCUGAAUGAUGAGAGUGAAUGGGAAAGCCCUCACACCUUCAACCCUUCUCAUUUCUUGAACAAGGAGGGCAAAUUCAUCAAGAGAGAUGCCUUCCUACCAUUUUCUGCAGGUCGCAGGGCGUGUCUUGGGGAGGGUCUGGCUAAGAUGGAGCUCUUCCUCUUGUUCACCUCCCUGAUGCAGCGUUUUCGUUUCACGCCUCCACCUGGAGUUACUGAAGAUGAGCUGGAUUUGACUCCAGCGGUGGGCUUCACCAUCCCACCUUCUCCUCAUAAGCUCUGUGCCAUCAGCCGGCAGUGAACGAAUUACUAGAUUCUAGUUGAUCCCCUUCUCAGAAGCCUGGUGUUACUUUUCCAUCUUGUCAUGUUUCUGUCUGCUCCCUCACUCUCCUCCCUCUGCAUCUUGCAAUCGGUGCGAUCUGCUGCACCUGUCAUCCAUCCACCUGCAGCCGCACAAUCAAGCUGAUUUCACUCACCUGUUGACCAGACUUUAUGUACCUGCUCGCCAAAGCUUCCUGUUGCUAGGUUUUCUGAAGGCCACUGUGAUGAUUAUACGUCCAGCGUUCUUCUUUGCCUGCCUUGCAAAGUUCUCGUCUUGUCUCGCCUUGGACACUCUUUGUUUUCUGGACAUGACCUGGACUGUCUCUCCACCAUAUUGGACAAGUCAGCCAUCUCCUGACUGCUUCUCGAACUGGAUCCCUGCCUUAAGGCUGAGACACACCAAGCCAUCUGAUCCGUCUGAUCUGAUGGAAAAUGAAGUCAAAGCAAUUAGAUCUGGUUGAAGUGAAUGGAGUUGGGGCAGACUGGCUUGUGGUUUGCUGCAACUGUACUGCGUAGCUCCGAACAAGGUAGACCCCUGCUCUAACUCGGUUGGAGCCACACAAGAAUUUGACGGGGAAUCCAUUAGUCAGACAGGAAGAGAGACACUUUGGCAAAGUAAAAGACAUCAGCUUUGGGGAUAAUACAAAAUUAAAUCUCAGAACUGCAAGGUAAAUGGUACCGGAAAACAUCACAGCUCAUAAUUAAUAAACAAAACAUUUUAAUAAACUAUAAUAAACCCAUGGUAGGAGCUCAGAAGUACAACAAACAGAUAAGAAAAUGAAACAGCAAUCUGCUUUAAGCUUGUUCGAGCAGCAACUGCAGCUUUAUGUUUACUGCCCGGCUUGUUUACGUCGGUGAACUUGCCGGAAUUUGCGGUACAUACUCUCGCGUAAAUAUUUGAUUUUGUGAAUCUGAUCAUUGGCAGAGGGAGCCUCUAUGCAGCCAGUAGGUCAGAAAGAAGAUCUGUACAGAUUUGUGCGUUGGAUCGGACGGAUCGGAUGGUUUGGUGUGUUUCUUCCUGCCCGCACCAGGUUUCUUUAUUUUAAAUAAACCUUUUUAAACACAA